CUCGCACGAGGUAGGGCAGCAGGAGGAAGCAGCUCCGGCGCCGGUCGUUGCCAUGCCCGGCGAUCACCGCCGCAUCCGCGGGCCUGAGGAGUCACAGCCGCCGCAACUGUAUGCCACUGACGAGGACGAGGCGCCCGCUCCCCGCGACCCGACGCGGCUGCGGCCCGUGUACGCGCGCGCAGGGCUGCUGAGCCAGGCCAAGGGCUCGGCCUACCUGGAGGCCGGAGGCACCAAGGUGCUGUGUGCCGUGUCCGGCCCGCGCCAGGCCGAGGGCGGCGAGCGCGGGAGUGGCCCCGCAGGGGCGGGUGGGGAGGCCCCCGCCGCGCUGCGAGGUCGUCUGGUAUGCGAGUUCCGCCGUGCGCCCUUCUCGGGCCGUCGGCGCCGCGCUCCCCCUGGCGGCGGCGAGGAGCGCGAGCUGGCGCUGGCGCUGCAGGAGGCUCUGGAGCCGGCCGUGCGCCUGGGGCGCUACCCGCGCGCGCAGCUCGAGGUGUCGGCUCUGCUGCUGGAGGACGGCGGCUCGGCGCUGGCCGCAGCGCUCACGGCCGCCGCCCUCGCCUUGGCCGACGCGGGAGUCGAGAUGUACGACCUGGUGGUGGGCUGCGGCCUGAGCCUCACGCCGGGGCCCGAGCCCACCUGGCUCCUGGACCCCACGCGCAUGGAGGAGGAGCGCGCCGCCGCCGGCCUCACCGUGGCGCUCAUGCCGGUGCUCAAUCAGGUCGCUGGGCUGCUGGGCAGCGGCGAGGGCGGCCAGACUGAGAGCUGGGCAGAGGCCGUGCGCCUCGGCCUUGAGGGCUGCCAGCGCCUUUACCCGGUGCUGCAGCAGUGCCUGGUGCGCGCAGCCCGUUCGAGGGGCGCCGCCGCCCCGCCCUGAGCCCGAAGCCUGCGCAACGACUACGCCGAGGAUCGGGCUGCCUCUACACCAAGAAGACCUGCGCCGCCGGCCUCCUGACUGUGCCGAGCUCGGAAGUUGGAGCACAGGCGAGGAUGUGGGGUGGAGGACACGGCGGGUGAGCCGGAUAGCUGCCUAGAUACGGCUUUUUACAAACUAUUCCUUAUUAAAGGAACUUUGCUACGUGAGCUGGCUCCCAGACACGACCCAGUUGAGGAAACCUGUGAAAGCAGUCUGCCCCCCACGUUGGAAAGGACUUCUCUGUUGGACUCACUUGGAAAAUGAGACCUGGAGCCUUGUAAAAGGCUUCAGCCUGCCACCGACUCACUCUUGUGUAAACUGGGCUACUUUUCAGAGGAUGGCAAGGGAUCUGUAUGCCUUCUUUAUAUCUAAGACAAACACCUUUUUUUUUUAUUUUUUAAGUGUCUUUUGUUAUUUUUUGUGUAAGAUUUGAAAGAGGUUCUUUUGAGCUGAGGAAUUACGUUCUUGGAUCCGGGCUUGGGCUGGUACAGCCUUAACUAUACCUACCUGCCUCUUAGCGGGCAAAAAAAACCAGGCUGACUAUUGAAGCAGCUGCCGGGGUUAAUGUGGGCAAUUGCUUUGGAAGAAGCUGCUGAUGAGAGCAGGGAGGAGGACAUGGCUCAGGAGCAAGCUGGGUUUACCCUAAGCCCCAGGGUUAGUGCCGGCCAAAACUACAGCUCAGGGUUAGGUAGCUGGAAAGGGUUGUGCACUGGGUAGAACCCACAGCCCAGCCUUUUCUGGCCGGCAGAGCAGUCCAAGAGGCUUUAACUGGUGCUGGUGAAAAGUGGGGUUCCAGGCUUGACUUGCCUGUUCCUCUGCACUCUCCACUUCUGGGAGGCCCUGAGCGGCAUGGGCUGGGGAAGAGGGCACGUAAGCUCGCAGAGAAUUCCCCAAUAGUGGGAUGCUGCGCAGGGCCCUUAUUCGUAGGGCUGAGCUGACUGACCACGAGAUGGUACAUGGCUCUGUGGCACCUAAAUCCUGCCAUCUGCUCAGGACUGGAUUAGAGAAAGCCAGAUAAAUGUUCAAAGGACACAGCACUCUGGUCUGCACCCCAGUUUGGUAUGACCUUCAAAAUUUUAGUGUCUUGGGGGGCAUGAUGGUAUGCACCUGUAAUUUCAGCACUUGGGAGGCCAAGGCAAGAGGAUUGUCUGAAG